AUUUUGCCAUGUUGUGAUUUGAUAUGCAAUUCUGCCGGCGUUCAGCAAGUUUUGGUUUGGUUGUGGCUCAGCUGUGAAACUGGGAGCCCCAGUAUGGACCUGGAGGAAACUGUUGCUGACUUGUUGUCUAAAAAUGAACAACUCGGGCAGGAAAAUGAUCAGUUGAAGGCGAUGCUGAGUGUAGUCAAGGAAAACAGAGACCUGAGAGCCAGGAUGCAGAGCUUCAACAAUGACACCCUGGAGGAAUUAACAGUUUGCUCACCCAUAGGAAGAAAACCAUCUAGUCUGUGUCAAAACACCUGCGAUGAAAGACAAUUCAGAAAAGACUUGCAACAAACAAAAUUCAAACAUGAACACCGGACCUCAUCCCCGGUCGACUUCAAGUCUUUCAUCCAAAACUCGAUGCACAUAGACACAAGUGGGUUUCAAAGCAACCAGGUUGAUAUUCCCCUCGAGGUCAAAGGUCCAGACAGGCUGCUAGGAGAGAUUGCCUACCAACUGGAUAGGAGGAUUCUGUCCCACAUCUUCCAGGGCCAUAGGAGGCUUUAUGGUUUCACGCUGCUCAAUAUACCAGAAAAGAUCAUAGAGAACAGGAUUGGUUGGUUGUUGUUGCAGUACACAGAUAGGAAAUCACAUCACAUGAGCAAAGUUUUAACCUUAGCUUGUCAUUUAGAAACCAAAACUGACCAUAACAUUCCUCCUGACUCACAAAGAAGUCACAAGCCUUACUUCCUCUUUCAGGUGAGUGCGCACCCGCUGACAGGGAAGGUAGACGAGGGCUAUCGGCUUCAUCUCACUCACAGGUAUGCUGACCUCAUGGAAAGCCUGCACCAGCUGGGGUAUAAAGCAGCACUUCACCCUCCGUUCACUGAAUUUAUUGUAAACGCUUACGGGAUCCUGAAGGAGAGGCCUGGUGAAAACAGCACCCAGUUGAUGGAUUACAACAAUUCAAACUUUCUCAGGAAGCUGAUAAUGACCACAGCACCGAGGAAGCUUCAGAAGGACCUGCUGCUUGUUCUCACCUGCCUCUGGAACAUGGCAGAGAAGGAUAAGAAGCCUCUCCUUCUCUGGUAGACAUGAUUGUCCAUCCAAAGAGGCAGCAAUUCCGGCAAACUUACUUUGUACACAAAUUGGAAAUAAACUGUGAUAUUGAUAUGACACAAUACAUUUUGUGUGGCUAUGAUUUUGUGAACGCAGCCAUUCUAUAGAGGGUAAAACCACAAAUAAAUACACAGUUACAUAUUUGCUAAUCCAUACAGUAUACCUUUUGCAAGUACGCAUGGUGAAAUUGAACAGCUAACUCUAUUAAAGACAUAAAGCAUCAGUUUUUCUCAAAAUGAUGUAAACUUGUCAUAACAACCAUGGUUCAAUAAUAUACUUGUGCAGUAUAAUUACAUAAUCUGUGAAAGAAAUGAUCAAUUAUGAUAUGGAUGUACUA